AUGGUCGCAAACAUCGAUGGGAAUGCGAAGUGUUCCCACCACGGUGACGUCGCCUCGAUAGCGUCGGCGCAACCUUCCACCAUGGCAUGGAUGCCGCAAUCCGAUGUGCCACGAUCCGCCGUGCCUGAGACUGCCAUUCGGCCUCCAUUGACCUCGCACCAAUCUAAUUCCCUUCCUUCCACCCCAUAUCAACAUGCGCGCAACCUUUCGUUCCACUCCCGGUCGCCGUCCCCCGCCCGCGGAAGCACCUCCCCUCGAUCCACCCACUCCGAGGCCACACAUCUCCCCCCCUUCACUCGAAAACCUCUCGGGGGCUGUAAAUAUGAGACUGCCAUGGCGUAUUUUCGACGACGGAUACCGUACAGUCUGGGGGCAGAUAUAUUGCCGGAGGAGAAAGAGGGAUUGAAGGAGCAGCUCGAUCCAGACGAGGAGAAAAAAUUGUCGGCUGAUAUCAUGGAUCUAUACGAUCGAUUAUUACCAUCUGCAGAGAGUGAUGAUCGACGACGACAGCUCGUUCGGAAAUUGGAAAAACUUUUCAACGACCAAUGGCCCGGUCACAAUAUCAAGGCGAAUAUCUUUGGCUCGUCGGGGAACAAGCUUUGUUCUAGCGACUCGGAUGUGGACAUUUGCAUCACGACCAACUACAAGGAAUUGGAACAUGUGUGUCUGUUGGCUGAGGUGUUGGCAAAACAUGGUAUGCAACGGGUGGUGUGUGUGUCACAUGCGAAAGUUCCCAUUGUAAAGAUCUGGGAUCCGGAGCUUCGAUUAGCCUGUGACAUGAAUGUCAAUAAUACCUUGGCGCUAGAAAACACUCGAAUGAUACGGACGUAUGUCGAGGUGGACGAACGGGUGCGGCCAUUGGCGAUGGCCAUUAAGUACUGGACGAAGCGACGGAUUUUGAAUGACGCAGCGCUCGGAGGAACCCUAAGUUCGUACACCUGGAUCUGUUUGAUUAUUAGUUUCCUGCAGACAAGGGACCCUCCGGUUCUCCCAAGUUUGCAAGCGCGUCCUCACAAGAAAAGAAUGACUCACGACGGAUUGGUCUGUUCGUUUGAUGACGAUCUGAAGACACUGUCGCAAUUUGGCCGCAAGAAUAAGCAAUCAGUUGGCGAGUUGCUCUUUCAAUUUUUCCGGUAUUACGGACACGAACUUGAUUACGAGAAGAACGUCAUCUCCGUACGUGACGGCGUUUUGCUCAACAAAGAGGCUAAGGGCUGGCACCUGCUGAUGAACAACCGACUGUGCGUGGAGGAGCCGUUCAACACGGGGCGAAACCUGGGCAACACCGCAGAUGACACUUCAUUCCGAGGGUUACAUUUGGAGUUGCGAAGGGCUUUCAAGUGCAUUGCAAAAGGCGAUCUAGAAGAGUGUUGUGAGCAGUUUGAGUUCCCACCAGAAGAGGAACGGACUUGGGAACGACCACCACCUCAACCACGUCCAACUCUUACCCCUUCCCUUCCAUCCCGAGGUGGACGGGGAGGAAAUCGAGGAGGCAGAUAUAACAAUCAGUUCUCUCGGGGUGGGCUCGCUGGUGGGCGACGACAGUCCAACACCGGGAAUAAAUCAAAUUUCCGGCAGCAAAACACGGGCAAUGCAACGGAAAUUUCGCUGCAUGCGCAGCAACAGGCCCAGUACCUCUUACAUGAUCAAUUGUAUCAGCAAAUCCAGCUUCUGCAAGCGCAGGAGCAAGAACUGCGGAUGCAACUGCACAAUCAAGCAUUGAUCACUGGGAGGCCACCACCGGUGUUCAUCCGCCAGCCUUUCAUCCAAUUCCCCGUUCCUCAACAACAGGAGUUCCCAGAAGAGACCUCACGGCCAAGAUCAGGAACAGGAACAGGAACAGCAAGCCACGCAACUCUUAGCCCCACACAACGACAGCAAACAAUUUAUAAUCCAAGUUAUGCCGCAGUGGGUGCUGCUAGCUCUCAAGCGAUUACUGCCAACCCUCCCUCGCCAUCUGCCGUUAGUGCUUUGCCUGAUACUCGUCGCAAUUCUCGACGAUUGUCCGCUGCCAACGGAUCCCCAAAGUCUCUUCGGGCGCAUUCACAACCUGCCCGGCCCCAGGGCUCACCUCUUCCCAACUAUAUCCCCCUUUAUACCAUGCCGCAACCCACGGAGAACUGGUCAAAACAGAGGCCAGCCACCGAGUCAAUAGAAGGCGCAGAAGGCAGUGGAGAUGAGAACGUCUUGCGAUCGAACAGUCUUGCCAGCAAUGGAUCUCGCUCAAAUUCCGUGGAUGAGAACCGGCAGCAAGAUGUUUUGGGUUAUUAUAUAACUCCUCAACAACUUCAGGCCUUCCAGCAAGGUUCCAUGCUCCCGCCAUUAGCCACACAGAUGGGUGUGGUCUCGAAUGGAUAUUCGUUUAUUCCUCUUCGACAAGAUUACCGCCCUGGAUCGUUCUCAUCAGACACGGCUCGCUCUGAGAACACCCCAAUUUCCAAGCCUCCGUCGCAACCGGCCCAAUCUGCUCCACGCCCAGCUGCACCUGGUCCCUUGAUUGUUGAUGGUUCGGUGCGCCCGAGUGAGCCCCGCUCAUCAUAUGCGUCUGACUUGAUUGAUCCUUACUCUGCGGUUAGUCAUUAUACGUCCUCAGAUGACCACAACAUGAACACACCUGCAAGCUUCUCCGAUUCCUUGUCACAAGAUUACCAGGACUCUGGGUCCUUCGACUUGGAACAUUCGACUGUCUAUACUCGGCCGUCUAUGGAAACACAACAAUCAAAUGGUGCGAAUGCGGAAAAGCAGUCAGAUAUCAACGGCCAAACCGAACUUCUCGCUAGCCGGCUGCAGAAUUACCAUCUUUCAAAUUCGGAGAAAAUUGUGCAACAACCUGCCAAGACAAGUCCAGAUCGACCACGGAAUGGCAUGGCACAAGCCACAGCAAAGGAAGGCGGUCACACCAGGAACACAGGGCAGACAGCCGACAAAGCUACUGCCUCUGGACCGAAUGAGAUCCGCCAUCAAUCGACCAACUCAAAGCGACGGACAAACGGAGACCAUUCCGAGAAGGCUAACGGUGUUAAUGGCAAGAAUAAGCCUAAAGGCCAAGGCCGACAGGAUCCCCACAAUGCUGCGCCGGGCUCGAAAGAUCGACACACAGACCCGCCUCGGAGAUCAGGCGGACAGGCUAAUGGUGUGAACGAUAGCAGCCAUGGAUGGCAAACAACCAAGAAGAAGGGCCGCAAAAACACCAAGUCCUCAACAGAGUCUCGAACUGGGAUCAACGGUGGCCCUGAGCUUGUUCCAGCCGAUGAAUCUUUGCGAAAAGGAGGUUGA